GGGGCUGGGGGUUGCUCUCUGGAAAAAGUCAUCACACAGGAUCCACAGGAUCUGCCUCCCUCCUUCUGUCUGUCUGUCUGUUGACCUGUCUGUCUGUCCAUCCAUGAAACCUGUACGAAUACGAAUGCACAGGAGCUGAGAAGUGGGACUGAGCGAGGAAGAGAGCAGAAGCACUGCGACCAGAGGGACACGGGCGGCAGACGAUGGAAGGGCUGCUAUCGGCGGUACAGCUGCACCCCGGCCUGGUGGUGGCUGCCUCCUCGCUGGCUUUCAGGGCCGUCCACGGGCUCCUGCAGGCCCUGCCGCUGCCCAAAGGCUUGCGGCACGAUGACUUCCGCGUGUGGAAGUGGAGGAACCUCUCCGUGUCCCUGGUCCACUCGCUGCUCACAGGCACCUGGGCCAUCUCCUGUGUCCUCCUGUGGCCAGAGAUGUUGGACAACAUUCACUCCCACUACACUCCACUGUCCUACCUCCUCGUCUGCAUCUCCACAGGGUACUUUGUUCAAGACGCCGGGGACAUUAUCCUUACCGGCAACGCUAGAGGAUCAUGGGAGUUCCUGCUUCAUCAUGCUAUGGUGGUCUGGACCUUCCUGUACACCCUGGUCACACGGCGCUACGUGGCGGGAGCGGUGGUGGCUCUCUUUGUGGAGGUCAACAGCGUCUUCCUGCACAUGCGGCUCAUGCUGAAGCUGGCAGGAGCUCAGGCUUCCCGGCUCUACGACCUGAACCGGCUGCUCAACCUUGCCACCUACGUCUUCUUCCGCCUGGGCGCCCAGGCCUUCCUCACCUGGUACAUCGUGAGGAACUACUCCAGUUUGGACCACGCCGGCUAUUUCCUCAGCACCAUGAUGCUCAUGAACCUGAUGAUCCUUAUCUACUUCGGCCGCCUGCUCCGCGCCGACUUCUUCCACCAGGCCAAGGCCCACGCGGCCCACAACGGCACCACAAAUUCCAAGAAGUUCCUCAGCGAAUAAGGCAUAGAGGCUACAUCACGAUGCUCUUAAAAUGCACUUCCACCAUCAACAGUUUGGCUUCCGAACUCUGCGUUCAGGGCCUCACAGGACAUGGUACCUGUCUCAUCCAGAUACACGUAUCAUCCUGUAUUAUCAGCUGCCUCCAGUAUUUUCACAAAACCUUAAAUGGCUGCUACUGACUCAGGCAGUGCAGUUUGAGUAGCUAUGUGACACAUUAACACAGGUUGACGUAGCUGUGUUAUACCUAGUUUUGAUAGCUUUUGGCAGACGUGGCAAUUCCAGGAAGUAAAAAUCAAGGCCAUGAUUUACUUUCAACCAACCAGUUGAGUAUAAAGAGUCACAGUCACAGAGUACUCAACUAUUUAGUUGAAACAAAAUCAUGGUCUGGAUUUUUACUUUCUGGACCUGAAAUUGAAACUUCUGGCUUUUGGUGACACCUGUUGGCAUCUUUUGGUACUCGUCUGAAAACAAACCAGGUCGGAUCCAUGGAGAAAGGCGACCGUAAAGGGAAACGAUGGCCGUGGUUUUGGUACUAGUGUUGUCCGAAUGAAGCCCACACCAGCUGAUGGACAGGGAGACUGCGGAUGCACAUUGCUUCACACUAAAUACUCACAUAACGGUUUUUAAAAUUUACUCACUCACCAUAUAAGUUUGUUAAUAAUUAAUGUUUCCUGAUUGUGUUAUUUAAGAAUCAGGGUGAUAAAACAUGUUUGUGUCUUUUUAUUGUAAUAACGUUUUCACACAUCGGAAGUAUUUGGUCACAAAUUUAAUAAAUGAAUUAGAUUAUUUGCCUCAUAAA